CCUUCCAAAAAAAUCCUUCAACAUGUCUGACAGCAAGCAAAUGAGCCAGCAAGAGGUCUCCGCCAAGUUCACUUCCUACUACCUCCAGCGAGCAACCAAGGAGUUUGCCGAAGAUUUGGACAAGGUGCGCACGGCUGACGACUUUAAAAACGAUGCGAUCCACCUGCUCGUGAACGCGCUACAGCAGGGUACUGCGCUUUUCUCUCCCGAAGAGCAGAGGAGGAUAGUCGAGUCUGGGGCGGAGAGGAAGUGAUGAGGACGAGCGACGCAAGUUUUGAAGGGGAGGGAUCACGGAAGCUCAGAGAAGUUGGAGGUUACAUUUUGCGUGAUCGCAGCAAGAUCCGAAGAUGGGAGGUCGUCUCUCGCAGUCCAUCGGUCCAAGACGAGAAAGGCUAUUGAGAGGGCCAUGCGAAUCCUUUCCACGUCAACCUGUCUAUCGACAUGACACAACCGGGGAGAGACUGAUUGGUUGAAGCAGGAGCUGUUCACCCACACGAUCACCCGCAGUCGGUUCUACGACCAUGGUUGGAAGAGCAGAGCCAGGCGCAAACCUCAAGGCCGCGGAAGAUGGGCAUGGAAUACCCGUAAAAGCAUAGAACAUGCGACCAAGGAAGAAUGAUAUGCUGCACAAGAAUGAUAACCUGAUAAAUGAAGUCAACCGGUUUAGAUGUGGCUGGCUGUUGUACAAUUUCUAUCCAACAGAGGCCGUUC